AUGCAACAAGCUCUAGACCAAGCUUUGGAUCGUGCAGAGUAUGUCAUUGCAACUGCCCAACAAAGACCGCCGAAAAGGAAAUACUCAACAAGCGGAGAGACGUCUCUCCAGGAAAAACUGUAUGACAUUUAUGUUGAAGAAUGUGAAGAAGAGCCUGAGGGUACGGAGGAAUUAAGAAGCAACGUGAACCUGUUACAGAAGCUCCUUAGGAGAGAGUCGUUGCCCUGUUUGGUGGUCAACCUGUACCCAGGAAAGCAGGGCUAUUCCCUGAUGCUCAAGGGAGAAGAUGGAUCACUUUCAGAGAGCAUUCGACUGCCUUAUGAAGAACGGGAAUUUCUCAAAUAUUUGGAUGCUGAAGAAUUACCUCCUGUUUUGGUGGAUCUCCUGGAUAAGUCUGCAGUUAACGUUUUUCAUCAGGGGUGUGUCAUAGCAGAGAUACGGGACUACAGGCAGUCCAGUGCUGGGGAACCUCCGCGUUACCAAAGCAGGCAUAUUCUCUUACGUCCCACCAUGCAGACGUUAGUCUGUGAUGUAGAGGCCAUAGCCGGCGAUGACCAGAACUGGACCCAGGAGGACAAACUUUUGCUUGAGAGCCAACUGAUCUUGGCUACAGCGGAACCACUGUGUCUAGACCCUUCUGUAUCAGUAGCCUGCACUGCAAACAGACUGCUCUAUAACAAACAAAAGCUGAACACUCUUCCCAUGAAAAGGAGCCUCAAGAGGUAUUCCGCACCUGCUCUGAAUCGGCAGCAGGAGCUGUCCCAUUGUCCACCUCCUCCUGAGCUAAGAAUCCCGACUUCUUGCAAAAAUAUAAGAGAAAGUAAAGCAAAUCAACUGUAUGACCUCAAAAUUUCUAAAGCAGGCACUCGUGUAGAUACGGGGAAACAGAGACCCUGUAACUUGGCUGUCCCUUCUCAAGUGGAUGUGCAGAAAUAUGCUAAAGGGAAGAAGUCUGUCAGAUAUGAGGAGUCACAACUAACCCAGGAGGUACUAGGUGAUCCUGCAGUUGGAUGUGAGGCUGCCUACCAAUCCCAGGCAACAAGGUUGACCGUCAGGCAGCCAGCUGAUAAGUCACUUGCCACUGGAAACGGGUCUGAGAAAGAAGCCACAAGGGAGAGAGAGCCGAGUCUGCCCCAGUCCUCCACAGAUGACCACUUCAGGAGUUUCCUGUCCAAGCCACAGACUGAUGCUGGGAGAGUGGUCAGUCAGUCUGAGCAACUGGUCCAGAAGAGCACCCAGUGUCCAGUGCAGACGUCACCCAGCUCCAGUGGCUCAGCCCGUCUCAGGCAGCCUGCUCCAGGGACACAGUCAGCACAGCCUAGGGCUGUGUCCAUUCAGUCCUCAGUGCCAGACUGGGUAGCCAGACCUCCACCCCCACUCAAGAGCCCAGAGAAGAGCUCCUGCGGUGACAGCUUUACCUCACAGCAGGCGGGCAGCUCUCAGGCCCGCCCAUCUCCUGGCGCUGCUCCUCAGCCACCCAGCCUUUCCCAGAGAUCGUCUGUGCCGCUGAACAGAGGAAGCUGGCUUCCUGCAGCCUCCCCGUCCACCAUAGGCGCAUUACAAAGAACCCCGGACGUCCGGGUCAUGAGCACCUCCCCUGGCCUGAAGGUCAUCAAAGUAGUGGGCCCCUUUUGCCGUAGCCAGGCCUCAGGGAGAGGGUGUGCCCCUAGGGCCCCCGCUCCCGUGGGGAUCCAGCCGGGCCAGCAGAGCGCAGCUCAGCCACUGAACCUGCAGCCCGUAGCACCACCGGGGCCUCUUCGACCUGCUUCUCUUCCUUCUCCUCCUCCUCCCAGAACAGGUCAGGUGCUUUUGAAGGACGCUUCUGAUCUGAAGCCCUUUACUCUGGUGCAGCCCCCCCAGGGGUCGGUGGUCUGGAGCUUCCAGAAGUUGGCCUCGCAGCUGCACCUCUACCCGCUGCCUCUCCAGCAGCCCUCACCGCGGCCCUGCCCCGCUCCAGGGCCACAGAUCCCAUGGGCACAGGCCUCAGGGCCACAGAUCCCAGGGGCACAGGCCCCAGGGGCAGAGACCCCAUGGGUACAGGCCUCAGGGCCACAGAUCCCAGGGGCAGAGACCCCACGGGCACAGGCCUCAGGACCACAGUGUUCGGGUUUACAGGCUCUAGGGGCACUGGGCACUGCCUGGCCCAAUGUCACUGUCCGCACCCAGCCAACAAUGGUCAUUCACCUCCGACGGCAGCAGGACCCCCUGCAGCACCGGGUGCCUGGGUUGUCUCCACCAGGCUCUGUCCAGAGCCACCCUGUACUGAGGAUCUUGCAUCACAGGAUCCAGGCCUUGACGGAACUGCGCCAGCCGAUUUACUGGAGGAUAAUGCGGUGCCCAGUGGAUGCAGACCCCACAGCCCCCACUGCGCCGCCCCCUCGGGGCCCCAAUUCAGGCAGCCAGACCGCAGGGACCCCAGAGGGAGGCCCCCCAGCCGCCCCCAAGCCCUGA